ACCAUUUUGUGUUUACGUCGCGGAUCUGCGCUAGUUUCUGCGCCAGUUUCUCUCCUUUUUGGUGACAUUUAGCGCAGUUUUUAAGUUUAAGAAUAAAGAGUUUCAUCGGAUCUGAGCCGCACGUGCCAGAACCGAGCCCAGCAGCGGGAACAUGACGUCAGAGCGGCGCGAGGACAAAGAUGGAGAGCUGAACGUGCUGGAGGACAUUUUAACAGAAGCUCCGGAUCAAGAUGAUGAACUGUUCACCAACACAGAGACUGAGAUCACAGACAAGAAAGGAGUGAAGCGAAAGUCUGACCGCUCUGACCCGGGGGAUGUGAAGCGGCCACGCUCAGGACACAUUCCCUCAUCCUCUUCCUCUAAUAAGAGAGCAGCAUCCUCAAAGAAGGUGGGGUCUCCCAGAGCGAGCCAUGCCCCCAGCUAUCGCCAUGAUGACUAUGACGACCGGAAACUACGGCGACGCAGAGGGCGGAGCCUAGAACAGAAAAUGCGCCGUGAAGAACGACGGCCAAGCCCCUCCCCUCGCCACGAUGACCCCCAAUCAGACGAAGAGUACGGCUCUGAAGCAGGAAGCUCUUCAGCCAAUGGAGAGGAGGAGGAGGAGCCUGAGGAUGAUGAGGAGGAGGAGGAGGAAGAGGAGGAGGAGGAGGUGAUGGAGGAAGAGGAGGAGGAAGAGGAGGGAGAGAAGGAGGAAGACGACGAUGAGGAUUACGACAGAAGAGACACAAACUACGACACACGAAGUGAAGCUGGAGACUCACACAGCUCUGUCAGCUUCAGCGAGUCUGAGUCAGGUUCAGAGAAGAGGCGGGACAAGCUCUCAUCCUCAGUGCGAGCCGUCAGAGAGAAUCCGACAAGUAAACUGCGCUACAUUCUGAGAGAUGCACGAUUCUUCCUCAUCAAGAGCAACAACCAUGAGAAUGUGUCCCUCGCCAAAGCCAAGGGCGUGUGGUCCACUCUUCCGGUGAAUGAGAAGAAGUUAAACGCUGCGUUUCGUUCGGCUCGAAGUGUUGUCCUGGUUUUUUCUGUGAGAGAGAGUGGCAUGUUCCAAGGUUUCGCUCGUUUGGCGUCCGAGUCUCAGCACGGCGGCUCACCUAUUCACUGGGUGCUGCCCGCCGGAAUGAACGCAAAGAUGUUAGGAGGAGUCUUCAAGAUCGACUGGCUGUGCAGGAGGGAGCUCCCGUUCACCAAGACCGCUCAUCUGUCCAACCCCUGGAACGAACACAAACCCGUCAAGAUCGGACGAGACGGACAGGAGAUCCAGCCAGACACUGGGGCGCAACUCUGCGCUCUCUUCCCAUUAGACGACAGCGUGGAUGUGCACAGCGUUGCACGGAGAAUUCGUCACAAACGCCGCACGCCGUCGGAGCCCCGCCCCAGAGGACGCCCACCAAUCAGAGAGCCGGGAAGGCGUCGGCCAGAAGAGUACGACCUCCACGGAAGAAAGAGACCGCGCUCAGACUGUGGACCAGACUACACCAGAACAGGUUUUAUCCAGGACCUGAGGAACCAGCCAGUGGACAGGAGGUUUUCUGGAGUUCGUCGAGACGUCUUCAUGAACGGGUCUUAUGGAGAUUACAUGAGGGACUAUCAUCACAGUGUUGGGCCUCCUGCUCCGUGGCAGACGCUGGCGUACCCGGGCGUGGACCCGCCCCCUCCUCACGCUCCUUAUUACCACCACAGCCACGCCCCGCCCCCUCCUCACCAGGCAUACCACCACCCCCCCCUGCCCCCCCACGAGCCGCACCGCUUCAGAGACAAGAGCCGGACCACGGGUCACCGGGGCUACGCAUCCAGCCCGCACGAUUACGAUAUGAGAGUGGACGACUUCCUGCGCCGGACACAAGCUGUGGUCAGCAGCCGCCGAGAGAGAGACAGACAGAGAGAGAGACCCCCCCGAGAGUCCAGGAGAGAGAGGGAGAGAGGGAGAGACAGAGGAGGUGAGAGGGAGAGAGAGAAGGAGAGGGGAAGGUACAGACGCUGAGAGAGGGAGAGACAGAAGGAGAGGGGGAGGUACAGACGCUGAGAGAGGGAGAGAGAAGGAGAGGGGGAGGUACAGACACUGAGGAGAGAGACGAGAGGAGAGGGGGAGGUACAGACACUGAGGAGAGAGACGAGAGGAGAGGGGGAGGUACACACGCUGAGGAGGAGAGAGGGAGAGAGAGAAGGAGAGGGGGAGACAGAGACAGUCUCUGUAUCGUCUGAUGGUCCAAAACGAUGUUGUGCUGUUGUCAUGGAGACACGUCAAAGAUGAAAAGAUGAGAGUCACAAACGGCGCACCUGUCGGGGCCGGGCGCACCUGUCGGGGCCGGGCGCACCUGUCGGGGCCGGGCGCACCUGUCGGGGCCGGGCGCACCUGUCGGGGCCGGGCGCACCUGUCGGAGCCGGGCGCACCUGUCGGGGCCGGGGCAGCUUCUGUCUCCAGGACUGUUCUUUCUGUAAACUGUAGAUCACUUUUGCAAACAACCUCCUUUCUCUCGUCUUCUCCUUGUCUCCUCACUCUCAUCUCCUCCCCUCCCCUCUCCUCUUCUCCUUCCUCCUCUCUCGUCUCCUCACUCUCCUCCCUUCUCCUUUCUCCUCCCUUCCUCUCCUCCUCAUGAUGAUCUUGUUAGACUCUCGUGAUUAUGAAGCUUUAGAGUUUCAGAUCAGGAAACUCUAAACUUGACCUUUGACCCUUUCAUUUGUGCAGUAAGAGGAAGAGCGCCCACUGUGUCUGUUUGAGGACUGCCUUGUACAGAGAACACCUUUUAUUUCCCAUGAGCCUCUAUUUUAGACACCCGUCACUUCCUGUUUGUGUUGUACUUCCUGUUACAUGUAAAAGGGGCGGGACUUUUGUUUUUGUAUCAAAUAAAAAAAGUUUGACAAGA